AUGACGGGAGGAUCGAAAUUCGAGGUCUCGAAAUUUGAUGGUCAUGGCAAUUUCAGAUUAUGGCAGACGAGAGUAAAAGAUUUAUUGGCGCAGCAAGGAAUUCAGAAAAGGCUGCGUGCAGAAAAGCCAAAGGGGAUGGAAGACGAUGAUUGGCAAGAUCUGCAGGAACGGGCGGCCGAGACAAUUCGGUUGUGCCUUGCAGAUGAAGUUAUGUAUCACGUUAUGCAUCUCAAAUCGGCGGAUGAGAUCUGGAAGAAACUGGAAUCGCAGUUCAUGUCGAAAACCCUAACGACAAAACUGUAUCUAAAGCAGAGGUUAUACGGGCUGAAGAUGCAGGAGGGGACCGAUUUUAUGGCAACAUGUAAAUAUCUUCAAUCAGAAACGAUCAAGACUGAGGAGAUUACUUCAGCGUUGUUGGCUCACAACCAGCGGAAACAGAAAUCUGGAGAGUCAUCUUCUCAAAGUGACAAUUUAUAUGUGAAGGGUAACCAGGAUCGUGGAAGGAAACAGGUGCGGGAUAAUUCAGGAAAUCGGAAUUUCAGAUCCAAGUCGCGAGACAAAUAG